AUGAGGUUUACCAUUAAUAGAGACGAGCUGGCAAGAGCGGAAAUACUCGAGUUCAAAGGGGAGUUUGAAAGACUUGAAGAGCUUGAGAUGGAAAUAAAGGACAGAAAGGUGCUUUUUAAAACCUCUUAUCUGACGGGAGAAAAGAAAGAAGUUCCAGAGCACAUAAUAUUUCAAAUAAAAGACAAAAAAAUGGAAGCACUCGCUAUAGCAGAUGAGUACUUUCUGUUUGAUAAGCCCCUCAAGUACAUACCUAAAAAGAAGUCAAAAUAA